CCUCCCUGUGCUGCCUUGGGAUGCAAAGAAAGCGGCCGACUUUGAGGCUGACACCCUGCACAGCCAUCGAGAUGGUUUUCAAUCCUCCCUCGCAAGCACCGCCAGUGGGGCUAUCGCAUUCCGGCCCCCGGCGCCUUCGUCCGUGAACGCCAUUAUCAAUCUCUAUAUUUGCAGCCGCCUGUCUCAAAAGCCGGCGCUCUUGAAAGCGGAAAGAGGGGGAUCAGAAGGGGAUGGAGGAGGGCCAGUUUCGGCCCCCAAACUCCAGAUGGCGGGUUAGUCAGCCCGUGAUUGGCGGGAUCUAGCUCCUUCGGUGAGAGUCGUUCAUGGGCGCUGUCCCACCAAUAUGGGGGCUGAACGGCGGGCUCGCGCGAGCAAUAUGAGAGCCUCUGCGACCUCCUCCACAGCCUUAAAGCCUUGUGGCCUGCUUCGACAAUGGCCCUGUGGUCGCAAGCCUCACAGCGCGUGGUCGACGCCAUGGAGACCGACAUCUCGCCGCGGACUGCGAACCCCCUGAAGGACAAGGUCUUCCACGCGAACAUCCAGAUCCAGUCCAUUGAAGAUGCCCCGACGCGCGAACGAGAGCUCUCUGAGGGCUCUAGACUGGUCGACCAAUCCAGCGAAAGCGCCGAAGAUGCCGCCAACAGAGAGCGAGCCGCGGAAAUGCAGAUGUGGUGGGAUGAAGCCAUUGCGCGGAAUAUGGACCUCCCAGACGGCUACGUCAAGGUCGCCGUGCUGCUGGUGAAGUGGGCGGACGAGUUGGAUGAGCUGAAGACAAGGACAGAGGCCGAGGAACUCGAAGCCGUCUUUCGCGACCGGUUCCACUUCCACACCGAGACCGUCGAGCUCAAUGUCUCCAGCAAGCCGCAGCACCAGAUGAACUGCUACCUCGCCGUCUUCGUAGAAAAGCACGACGGACCGAACAACUUGCUGGUCCUAUACUACACAGGACACGGAGUGUACAGGGAGGACCACAAGCACUUGGAGUUGACGGCGAGUCUCAACCCCAUGGUGAAGAAGGGGUUCAGCAAGGAUGCUCGUCUUAAUUGGAACAAAGCGGAGGAUAUACUCCGCUCGGACGAUGUCGAGUGCGAUGUCUUGACCAUCCUGGACACCUGCUAUUCGAGCAAUCUGGCAAAGUCGGGCAAAGAGGAGACGAGGACAUUCGAGCUCUUGAGUGCCUGUGCUAUCGAUUCGACAACCGCCGCGCCUGGUGACAAUUCCUUCACCCGAGCGCUCAUCGAUGCCCUAAAAGAGCUCCUCGAAGAAUUCCACGACAGACCCUUCACCACAUUCCACCUAAACCAACGCAUCCUACUCGACAAGCGCCGCCACGAUACUCCCUCACAGCUCUGGUUCCGCCUCCAGCACCACGAGCGACACAUUCGCCUCGCACCCCUGAAGCCAGAGAAGGACCGUGAGCGGAAGGCUUCCGGGCUUCGGCACCCGCCGCGCGGCUACUUGACGCUACGUUUCGCCCUGCGAGACGAGUCACUGAACCGGGAGCAGAUUGAAUUCCUGACACGCAACCUGUCCAAAGCGUUCAACAAUAAGGCACUUGUCGGCUUACGCAGGAUCGACUGGCUGGGCCUCAAGCCGGCUCGAACUACGCACUUCGGACGCGCGGCGCUAGCUAUGUUUGCGAUUGCGCAGUGGAAGAAGUUCCUGAAUAGGAGGCGGGAAGAGCGAGCGUCGCAAAGAAGAGUCGAUGAGGUAGAGUUUCCUGCCGAUAUGGCGGCCGAGGUAUCACCAGUGUCUUCUCCGAUGCGAAAGCGGACGCGGGACGGCUUCGAUGAUCUGCCAGAGCCUAAGCGCGAGUAUCUUGUUAUCCCGCAGCCACCGUCGCCUCCUGUGUCGAACUCUUCUCGAGUGGAGGAUACUGGAGGAGGAGGUUCCUAAUCAUUUGUCCUCUCAUUUUGCUGUAUUGUAAUGUCUGGUUGAAUUCGCAAGAUACCCGUAGCGGCAUGCUACAUCGGACUUCGUCGUACACGUAUCUAACAUUCAUCUCUUUUCUUACUGUCCCUUCAUAUUGUCCACAAGCCGAGGUUUAAGGGGCUUCAGUUCAUUUCGCCCCUUUCCUACCUAUCAGAGGGGGCGCAUGAAGCCAUCAGGUGUACCCGUCGCCAGUGCCCAGAGCUUGGAGAUCUGGGAACUGCUAGCCUGUGCUCUAGAAACGUAUUGAACUUGUGAGAUGUUUAGCGUGCAUCGGAUUCGUCCGG